AUGCAUGGCCUGCCGCAGGACCAGCGUCAUCAUGAAGCUCGCGGUGGGAUGCAUCCCAUGGCGCCGCCGACUGGAUCGGCAUAUCGCGUUCAACACCCAGGACAUGGCCAAGAUCAAUUUCACCAACAAUAUGCUCCCCAGACUCUUCAUACACAUCACCAAAGGCCGUAUGGUGGACCGGAGUCGCAUGGACAGCAGCACUUCUCCAGGCCCCCCGAACACCAAGCCAACAUACCGCAGCAGACAGCCCACAAAACAAGGUCGUCUUGGGUACCAAAUCUCCUUGGGCCAGAUCGCGAGCCUCACAUAGACGCCAUGAUGUUCAGCCUUGAGGUGCGCCAACAGCCACGAGCAGCUCGCGCCUGCGGCUUUGGAGACCGGGACAGACGAGUCAUCGACCCGCCGCCAAUAGUGCAGCUCAAAGUUGACGGACCCAGUCUGUCCGAGGAAGAGAGGCGAACAUAUCUACGAUAUCCAAACUAUGUGAUGAACUGCUCCAUCUGGGAUGAAUCAGGGUUUCGAGAUGCGUCGUACAUGCCUGACGAGUACAAUCAUCAACGCCGGCUCAUGGGCUCAUUGGUGGGGACGCCGUUUGUCGGGGAUGAUGAUCGAGGUGAAGAAGGUUGUUUCUUUUGCUUUUCUGAUCUCUCUUGUCGAACGCCCGGCGCAUUUCGAUUGAAGUUUACGCUCAUCAUGAUUGAUCCCGCCCGCGCCGCCGUUCUCCGACAUUUCCCAAUUCUCACCGAAAUCAAAACGGAUAUAUUCCAAGUUUUUAGCGCGAAAGAGUUCCCAGGAAUGGUUGCGAGUAGCUCUCUCGCCAAGAAACUCAAGGAACAGGGAUGCAUCAUAUCGAUCAAAAAGGGCAACGAUAGAGGAAGGCCGCGGGGGGGAGACGGCCGAUCAGACGACGAGGAUGAAUGA